AGGAAGGCCGGGCACCACACGGCGUCAACUGUCAGUGACUCUAUAAACCCCCAACAACACGGAGACGAUUGAUAUGUGUGUGUUUAUGAAGUGAUUGUUUUAAAAGCUGUUGUCUUCUUGCCUCUGACUCUCCUGGUAUGGAUCCUAGUUCCAAGAAAAAUAUAAUACAUGGUACCUCUGUAUCAGAGAAUGGUGAAACAACCUUGUGUGAAAACAGAAUGUUGAGACAGAAGAUUGAGGAUGGCAGCAAUGGUACAUUGUGUAUAUAUGAUGAUAGUAUUAUCUUCUCUCCUCCCUUAUAUUGCCAGAGAUAUGUGAAAGUUAUGGAGAUGAUCAUCUCUGUUAGUAAAGGAGUAUUUACCAAGGUAGUUGACAUAGGAUGUGCAGGACUGAAGUUCUUCAGAUACCUGAAAAAUGUGCCUGGGAUUCAGGAAAUUCUUUUGCUUGACAAAGAUUUUCACAUAUUGAAGGAUAAUGAGUAUCGCAUCAAACCCCUGCCAGCAGACUUCUUAAUUUUGCGUAAACUACCUCUUAAUGUUAAAGCAGUGUGUGGGGAUGGCAGAAAAUAUGACCCAUUGCUCUCAGAAACUCAAGUUGUCACCAUGAUUGAACUAAUUGAACACAUGCCUUUAUCAGAGUUACCCGACCUCAUCAAAUGUGUGUUUAAAGACAUAAGACCAAAACUGGUAAUCAUAACUACACCUAAUGCUGACUUCAACAAGUUUAUACCUGGCUAUAUUCCAGGCUCUUUCAGACACUUUGAUCAUAAGUUUGAAUGGACUGCAGCACAAUUUUAUCAAUGGUGUCAAGGAAUCUUGCAAGAUAAUAGUGAUUAUUCACUGGAGACUUUUGGGUGUGGCCUUGGACCAGAGAACACCUAUUGCACACAAAUGGCUGUCUUUUUACGAUCUACAUCACGCCAAGAAGAUUUAUUUUCCUGCAUUUUAAAAGAUGACAUGACAUCGGAUACUUUUUGUCACAGGUUUGUGAGUACAGAGAGUGCAGUUACUUCUGAUAUACCUAACAAUGGCUUCUGUAUUGUAUCUGAAUUUGACUACCCAUUUGAUGUACGUACUCAAGAUGAGCAUGACAGAGAUCACACAUUGGCUAGGUUCUAUGAUUUAAAGGCCUAUAUUUGCAAUAGUGAACAAAGUUCAGAAUCAUACCCUGUUUGGGAAGAAACACCAGAAGUGGAUCUGAGGGAAGAGACAGAGGAUAAAACAGGGCAGUGGAAAGGAGAAAAGAACUUGGAAAAAAGCAUGAUAGAAAGAAAACCAGAAGACAUUGUAGAAAGGAAGGUAGAAAAUGGUUCUGAUGCCACAUGUUUAAAUAACCUGACUUUGGCAACACUUUCCUUGAAGAAUCAACUUCAGGAAAUGUCACCUCAUUCAUAUGAUAAUGAUGACAAAGAUGAUAAUCAAAAAUUCUUUUUCAAAGAAUAUGUUAAGAAUGAAGAUGCAAUUAAUCAUAGAGCAGUAGCUGAGCAAGAAUAUUUUUUCUACAUAGUGGACCACAAGUAUGCUAUUAUUCCAAUGAGGUCUCUUUCAGCAUGGGUGAAUUAUUCAUAUGAACAAGAGAUACAAAACAGCCUCAUCAGGUAUAGUAAUAUAUUUUAUAGUAGAAAAUGCAGUAAAUGUACGAUAAAACGGAUUAAUUGGGGAGAAGGGGUGUCUGCAUUAGUGAAAAAUCCGAUAUAUAGAAAAUUUUAAUUAAGUGGAUGUAGUCCGCUUAAUCUUUUCAGGGUCAGUGCCAUACAUGUAUGGCUUGAGAGCCAGGGUCAGUGCCAUACUUAUUCGCCAAAAUUCUAGCACCUUCAAAUUGAGUGGAAGAAAGCUGGUAGGCCUUCAUAUGAAAGAAUGGGUCUGCAUGGUCAUUGUGCGCAGUAUAAAAAAACUUGCAGUACUCAUUGCAUAAUGAGGAAAAAAACUGACCAUUUUUUUUGGUUUAAAACAGCAACUUUGCAGUGUAUUUUUGUAUGGUAUUUAUGCUUGUGUUCUCAUUUUCUUGGUUGCAAUUGAUAGAAUGGAACACAGAUUACAGAAAUAGAGAUGAUUUUGAUUGGUUUCACGAUGAAAAGUACCUUGAAAUUGAGCUCAAAUUAGUGAAAAUGUUCAAUUUUUGCUGAUGUUCAAGAGUAAACAAAUCACGCCACACAUCCAAUACACAUCAACUGCUGAGUCUAAAAUUCUUUCACACAUAUGCUGAUAUUAUUUAUACCAUUUUUACAAUAAUGCAAUAGUCUGCAUAACAAAAUCUUCUAUUUUUUGAGAAUAAAAAUUCAAAAUGGAAAGCAAGAGUAAUAUAAGAGGAUACACAAAUAACCCACACAUAGAAGAGAGGAGCUUAUGACGAUGUUCCAGUCCAAGUCGGACCGGAACAUCGUCGUAAGCUCCUCUCUUCUAUGUGCGGGUUAUUUGUGUAUCAUUCCAGUCACGGUAUUGUGCCUUUUUUUGUUAUUUAAUAUAAGAGGAGCCUGGAGACGUGACUAAUGAGCAGAUAAAAUUUUAUUUUAGUGCCAGGAAUGUCUGCAUUGUUUAUUCUGGACACUAUUUUGACACUAGCAUCUUUUGAAAUUUGUGUGAAAUUGGCCAAAUUGCCAAUUUCUGACCACUUUAUUGGGUAGUUGAAAUCGGUAAAUGGGCAGUUUCUUGUACUCAAACGAUAAAACAAAUGGAGUUCUAGUGAGAUAGCUAUGAUUUUAGGCGACUGGAACAUGGAAUUGACUGAAAAUAGGGCUCAAAGUGGGUGAAAUUGACAAUGCGUAAAUAUCGCCGAUAUUGCUAACUUUGAGAGAGCAUAAUUCUGUAAGUUUUCCAUCAUACUUUUGGUGUCAUUACCAUCAUGAAAAGAAUCUCUAUCAUUUCAUAAGAAAAAAAACAUUUUUUUUGUUUUUAAUUUUUCGACCCUGAGAGCGAGUUUAGGAUCAGGGGUCUCGACCCUGAAAGGAUUAAUCGAUUGACUACCAGACAUCAACGAACACCAAAUAAAACAGACUUAGUCUGCUGUAUUGAUGGACUACCAAACAUACUAAAACUAAAUUAGAGUACAAUACAGUAUUAUCUGUAAAUGUACCUAAAAAAAUUAAUUUAAAGUACAGCACAGUACAGUACAGUAGAGUGCAGUAAUUAUUCUUACCUUUUCUGGUGGGUAGAUGAGGUUACAGAUGUGUAAUAGAAUACAGCAUUCCCAUGUGGUCUAGUGGUGUCCCCAAAAUAACUUAUUGUAAGGAAGAGGAGCUGUAAACUUCCAGCGGUAACACUGCAGAUGGUAUAAGAGAGACAGUCAGUAGAGCAUACUACUUGUGCAGUGCUACUUCAGCCACUGUAUCUUGGGCCAUUUUCGUAUGCUUCCUUGGAAUAACUGAAAAACCAUUUCAGUUAAGCAUAUCCUUGUCAGCUUAUCCUUGUCAGACACUGUUUAACUGUGCCAUACUCACACACCUAGGCCAUUGAAAUGACAGCCACCUUCUUCCUUGUUAAUUCGAGUUUUUGCUUAAUAUUAAGGUCACAUGCUUCUUCCUGGCACAAUCACGUACUUUAGAGUUCAUUGUUAAUUACACUGUACUCGGUACUUUAAUAUAAUGAUAUAAAAACACUGAAAAUCCAGGGUAAAAUUGGAGAGGAAAUGACGAUGAUGUGAGUGUGCACAAACAAUGACAUCCACACAGGCAGUCAUUGGCCCCACUGCCCAGGAACAAUGAAAAUAAUAAUAAUACAAUAAUCUUUAUUUCUACAAGUAUAUGUGCAAUGUAUACAGGCCUGGCUGACAUCAGUGACAUACUAAUGUAUAGAAAGCCCCUUGUUAUGCAGAGGAUUUUAGGCAAAUUAGGUCAGUUUUGUCCCCAGGAUGCAACCCACACCAGUCAACUAACACCCAAGUACAGUAGGGACUCGCUUUACGACGUUCCACUCAUAUGGACAUUUCAGAUUAUGACCAGAACUCUCUAUACAGCUCCCUUCCCCAACAAACCGUGUGCCACUCGGUUUGUUUACAUUCUCUGUGAGCUUCGCGACUCUCUAUUAUGUCUGGAAACUUCAAAAUUUCAGGUGUUUGUAAGUUAUUUCAUAUUUUAUAUAUGUAUUCUGAUAAUUAUACAGGUACAACACUGACUUUCCGAACACUGAUGAUCCGGAGCCUCCUAUAAUCCAUACAAAUUUAUGAGCAGGAACUUGAAAUUCUGUGGCUGCCAGAGUAGUUUACUGGGAGGCCCACAGAUGGCAUUGAGUGUAGCUGUGUGCACUUAGAGUGUUUACACUGCACCUGCUGGUGGGGGACACCCCAAUUCUGUGAGUUUCUUUGCUUAUUUUGAUUAAAUUAACCUCAACUAUGGCAUCUAAGGGAGAUGAGAGGGAGACUGGUGGUGUCAAACGUAAACACCAGUCCCUAUCGAUUCAGGAGAAAGUUGAACUGUUGAGAAAACAGGACCAUGAUGCUUUAGUGCGGAAGAUGUGUGAAGAUUAUGGUCUCGGUAAAUCAGUUGUUUAUGUUGACCAACCCUGGUCCGGAAAAAUCAGUAAUCCGGAAAACCUUUGGAACCAAAGGUUCUGGAAAAUUUAUGUUGUACCUGUACUUAUGUGUACCUGUACCUAAAUAAACUUAAACACUAUGCUGACAUGCAGGUACAAAUUAAAAUCACUAAGAGUGUCUUGUUAGUCUUGAAGACGCCAUAUUAAUGAUAAUAAUAUGCAAUAAUAAUCAUGUACACAAUAGUAUUACUUUGAAGUAACUGUAGAAAAUUAUUCCUUUUGCAUGCCUUCACUCAGAGCGUCAGUCCUUCUGAAAAUGGUGUGUUACAUGAGAAUGGGAGUGUUUUUCCUUAUUCUUCUGUACCAACGUGGAUACAACUUGUACACAAUGUAAGGUAUAAGCUUCACAAACAUGGAAAUGAAAGUGUAUCAACCAUAACCAGAUGCAUUCAUCUGCUUGUUUACAGACUCCGUGUCUCUCCCCCCUCUCAUUUACUUCUCUCUGUCUCUCUCUCUCUGUCUGUCUCUCUCUCUCUCUCUCUCAUAUUGUUUUAUCUCGUUUACUCACCUCUUACCCUACAUUAAGACUCCUAAUAUUUUAAUGUGAGUAAUGAGUGUACUGUUUAUGCAUUUUAUCACUCUAGGGUGCUUUAAAUUUUGUUGUAUACUACAUGUGGGUGGGGUGGCCAAGUGGGCUACCAUACCUCCCACACCUGACUUCCUAGAGAUAAAUACUACUCACCUCUCACUCUGGGACACUUUCAAUGUAUAUUACCUGUGGAUGGGGUGGCCAGGUGGGGUACCAUACCUACCACACCUGACUUCUUACAAUAAAUACUACUCACCUCUCAUCCUACAUUAAGACUUCAAAUAUUUUAAGGUAAAUAAAGAGUGUACUGUGUGUAUUUUACUUUUUAUUGUAUUUUAAGGCCUAGUUCUAUUGCUAACUUAAUAUUUAUUAGUGUAGACUUGUUAUCUGGCAUUUAUAUACAUUUAUAAGUGGAAAAAAAAAAGGGCAUUCUGCUUUAUGGUGAUGUCCGCUUUCCAGUGAUAGCCUGGAACCUAAUCUGCCAUAUGAGUGGGGCCCUACUGUACUUAUUGUGCCCCAUGGCCUGGUGGCUAAAGAUCUCGCUUUACACAGUGAGGGUUUGUGCUUGAUUCCCAGUGAGGGUAGAAACAUUGGGUGUGUUUCUUUUCACCAGUUAUCUAUGUUUCCCAUCAGUAGUAAAACAGGUAUCUGGGUAUUAGUUGACUGGUGUGGGUCGCAUCCUGGGACAAAUUGACCUAAUUUGCCUGAAAUGCACCCCGGUUUUCGUCCUUAAUCCGUUCCAGAAGGUUAGUCAGAAUCCGAAAUGGAUGAAAACCGAAGUAAUAUUUCCCGUAAGAAAUAAUAUAAAUCCAAUUAAUCCAUUCCGGACACCCAAAAAUAUUAAAAAAAAAAAUACAUUUUAUAGAGAAUAACUAUAAUUUUACAUACAGAAAACAGUGAGAAAUAAAGCACUAAUUUUAAUGGAUAAAUGAACAUUUAAAUCACUAUUACAUACCUCUAUUGAAGACUCUUGUUGAUCCACACCAACAACAACUUCUGCACAUCUUCGAUUGUUUGUGAUCUCUGUUUUGUUAGCAUAUUUACCCCUUUCGCAACAUCAGCUUCCUUGAUUUUUACUUUGUUCGCCAGGAUGGAACUGAUUGUUGAUUUGGAUUUCCCAUACAUCCUGGCAAGCUCGGCCACACGUACGCCACUUUUGUAUUUUGAUACAAGCUCUUUCUUGAAUUCUCUCAUGUUUCUCACCUUCUUUACCAAAGGGCUGGCACUCUGAACUUUCUUUGGCCUCAUGGUGGCUUAUUUUACAGCCGCACUCUAUUAACAAGCACCAAAACCAAUGGAUGAACGCGCGGAGUAUUGUUCACUCGACAAAUGACAGAGGUAGACUGAGUCAGGCGGCGGCAUCCUGAGCGGGCAAACGCGUCUGAGUCAGACAAUUUCCGAGUCUAUGUACGAAACCUGGAGUAAAAAUUCGCCGAAAAAAGUGGUCGAAAUCCGAAUUGUACAAUAUUCGGACUGAACGUAAACUGGAGUUUUACUGUAGUAGUAUGUCAUUAAUGUCAGCUAGGCCUGUAUACCUUGUAUAUGUACUUGUAGAAAUAAAGAUAUUAUUAUUUUACCGAUAGGUGAACAGAGACAGCAGGUGUCUGAAAGAAACACGUCCUAAUGUUUCCAUCUGUACCUGGGAUUGAGCCACAGACUUCAGUGGGUGAGCUUAAUGCACUAGCAAUUGAGCUAUGGGAUGCAGCUAGGACAAACCUUGGACUGCACAAACCUGCGAUUAAGUGGAAUCAGUUCAUUUUAUCAAUGUACGACUAGACUGGAUAACCAUUUGGUAUAACAAAUUUGGUGUUCUUCAUGACUAUAUUAAUUGGACACCCCCCAUUAAAUGUAUGUGUUAAGCCUUUGUUUGGCCAGAUUUUUUGUCUGUUUUAUUCUAUAUCUGCCUUAUGGAGGUCCGUUUUAUCGAACAUUUACUGUAGUUUAUAAUUUACUGUUGUUGUCAUUGUUGGAACUGUAGUUCAUAAUUUAUUGUUGUCAUUGUUGGAGAGUAGCUGUAAGUAUUUUGUAUGUAAUAUCACAUGAGUGAGAAUCAGUGGUUCAUGGUAGAUGAUAAUUUAUUUUCAGCAGGACUAUUUGUUGAGCAUGCUUGUUAAAAAGUGGAUAAAUACUAGGCAUAGAUAGCCCUUGAUGCCUACAACAUUUGUUUAUUGAGAGGCCAUCCCGAAGCAGCUAUAAAAUUUUUUAAUCUGUCCUGAUAUAUUGAUGUGGAUUAAGACACUUAUGUACAGUUCAGGACAUUUAUUAAAGGAAAUGUUUCAUUAUGAGUGGCUUCUUCAGUCCUAAUACAGAGUAAGCUAAGACAUAGUGUUAUAUAAUGAACAGAGAUAGAUGACCAGUAGCAAGGUGAGAUGAAUCAGGUUGUAAUAAAUAGGUUGGACAAAUAUUUCAGUGAGAAUGGUUGGAUUUGAGAAGGACCUGCCAAACAUACGCCAGUAAACCUUUUACAGUGCUUUGCCAUUCUUAUGUUUAUUGUUCUUAUCACACACUGGCCAUUCCUAAUAUGAGUAAGAAUCUUUUGAAUAAGAAUUUGGAAACACUGAAGUUCUCAGACCUUUGUGGGAUUGUGUCAUUGGUGGCAAAUGAGGCAAAUUCCAGCAGCUUCUCUAUCAGUUGGUUUCAUUAAAGUUCAUCAAGUAUCCACAUGUAUCCCUGUGUUGUACACAAAUGUUGUUGGAGUCAUCCUAGAUGCAGGUGUUUAUCUGCUUGCAGACUUUAAUUUCCAAAUAUCUAGCAAUCUUUUCUAUGUACUUCCCAUCACAUCAGUGUAAUGUAUUCUCCAGUGCUGGUCAAAGAUUUGCUCUUGUGCUUCUGCAGGAAGUUUCUGAUUGAUGAAGAGUUAGUAACUAGUUGGAUGGGUUAGUUAUUAAGUAGCUUAACCACAGCAGAUGCACCUAACUUCUAUUAUAGAAAGGUCUCACACUAACAUUGUUGGACACAAGGAUAUCCACUACAGAUAAUGUACAGCCUCUCCUCACUUAGUGACGUACCCAUGUACUGACCACUCAGACUUACGACCAGCUUUCCAACCAGUAUGCAAACCUAAAUACAGUGGUCCCUCAUUUUUCAUAAUUAAUUCGUUCCUGGAGGAGCUACUAUAAACUAAAUUUACGAUUUGUAAAUCAAUUUUCCCCAUAAGAAAUAAUGUAAAUACAAUUAAUCCAUUCCUGACACCCAGAAGUAUUAAAACAAAAAUUUUUUUUUACAUGAAAUAUACAUGUAGU